AUGUCUGCAAUACCAACAAUAUCCAUCACUGAGGAGCAUUUUCCAGACGAUGUUGCCGAAGAGGCAACCGAGACUACGGGUUUGAAUAUCAACGACAUCCAUACUGAUGUUGAAAAUUUGGACAGUGGUGAUGAAGAUUUUAAGCCGAGCAAGAGAAAAUCAAUUAGUCUGGGGGUGAAGAAGGCAAAAUGUGACGCUUUAACUGAUGUAGAAGAUAUGAAUGAUUCCGGAUCAGAUGCUGAAGAAGCUAAAUCUGCCGAUGAUAUUGAAAUAUCCUUGGAAGAAUUUCUCGAUCAAGGAUAUGUUGAAGAAGCAACAAAAUAUGCAGGACACAAGCAACAUAUGUCUGAUGCACCACCCAAAGAACCAAAACGUCCUAAAACCUUAGGUCUAUCCCUAGGAGUGGAAGCAGAUGACAAAGGAGCCGUAACCGAUUGUGAGAAUAUGAAUGCAUCAGAUGAUGAGGAAGAAUCAGAAAAUUUUAACGAAGACGACAAGCCAUUAGUUUUGGAAGAAGCUAACACAGUUGAAUCCCAUGAUUUAGUUAAAAAUGAUUCAGGUGCUUUUGCACACACCCCGAUACAUUUGACUACAACCGGAGAGAGUACAUCUUCAUCUGAAGAAUCCCUAAAUGAAGCAGAUCACGUGAAGCGACAUCUUCGAAAAGGUUUCAGAGCAAAGCAGCAUGGUCCACCUGUUUCAGAUACAGAGAACAUCAUGUUUUCUGACAAUGAAAUGCAAGGCCGAAGUAUAAGAAGGAAAAUUCCCCUCAUCCUCGAUGGAUGGGAAGAGGUAACAAUUCAAUUGAGUGGAGAUGAAGAUGAAUCCGUUAAGACUCCGAUGUUUCCGGAAAUUGAUAUUACUUUUGCUGGAGAUCCCACAAAAGACAAAGGAGCGAAAGAAAAGCAAUCACAGCUACUAAAGGUAGAUGAUGCUGAAGAUGGCCUUACAGACGUUGAGAAUCUCAAUUCAUCCGAUGACGAUGAAGACGAUGAUCAGGCGUCGAACACAAAGCGAAGGCAACUAAUCCCACCGGCAGUUUUAAAAUCAAAUACUGGAUUUCUAACAGAUACUGAAGAUGUAGAUGAGGUGGAGAGUGAACUUGAAGAUACACCUGAAAUUUCCUUACCUGCUCCAACGCGUGAAUUGGUGGAGGUAAGAGAAGAUCGGGUAAGGAAACAGGUAAUAAAACCAUCUUGCGGAGAGACUUUGGGCAUUAUUGGUGGUUACAUAGAUAAAGGAUUGACUGAUGUUGAGGACUUAUCUGAUGAUGAAGAUAGUAGUCUUCAUGAACAAACAACAUAUACAAUUGAUCGAGCUCCUGAUCUGGAGAGUGGGAAUACUUUUGUUGCUGAAAAGCUAACAGCAGCCUCAAAGUUGGCAAUUAGUUCCCAAACUCCUGAACCACUAACAGACACGGAAGAUCUAUGUCAGACAAGCCAUCCGUCGCGUAGACGGAAACACAAGCAUCGUUGCAGUGGUCGGGGCAAGCCAAAGCUCUUAGAAAUAAAGAAUCAGUGUGUUGACGGUGGUACUGAUAUAGAAGAGUUGGAUCUUAGCGAUACGGAAGGGGUGAAAAAUACCGAAGGGGGUAAACAUAAAAAAGAAAAACGUACCUCAAUAGCCGUCCCGGUGAUUGUUAGCAAUGAUGGAGCAACAGAUGUGGAGUACGUGUCUGCAGAUGAUUUACUGACCUACGAAGGCAAUAUUCCAAAUAUGGAAGCAAGUUCCCUUGCAGGACAUACUUUUGUGUCCACAGUUCUGGAUACAAUUGGUGGGCCAGAUGGACGAAAGAAAGUAGCUCAUGUUCCGGUUAUAAGGAAAGUUUCUCUGGUUCCUGAUGGUGUUUGCUGUUCACACACGGAUACAGAAGACGUUGGGAUGCCCUCUGAUCAGGACGACGAAACUUACUCACGCGCCAGAACAGCUACACCCUUUGAAGUUCAUCAAGCACUCGAUGAUUCUUCCUUUACAAUUCACGACAGAAGCAUCAAUGCCUUCGACGUACAGACGGAAAAACUUAACAUCAAAGGACAUCGGGAAUGCCAGGAAGCUCACACAGAUGUCGAGUACGUGGACGAUGAAGCGAGAAGGGAGUAA